GUCCAAAUUGUCCGAGGCACCAGUCACAUCACCGCACCGGAGAAGCGAGCACCAAAGGAUUAGCUCAGCUCCGCACAACACAACCCUCCAAUAUGAAAGUGCUGCUGGUGCUCCUGGCCGUGGGGCUGGCCGCCGCCGGCCGCCUGGAGAACACGUACCUGCCGCCGGCCAGCGCGAGCAGCGCCGCCGGCCAGGACCUGGCGCUGCCCGUGGUGCGCACCCACACCGAGGCCGUGGUGGCGCCGCCCGCGCCCCCCUCCAACGAGUACCUGCCCCCCGUCACCGUGACCGAGGCCAGGCUGCAGCAGCGGCCCCAGCCCCUCGGCGGCAGCGGCAUCCUCCGCCAGCAGGGACUGCAGUCCACCCUGGGCUCGGGCGCCCCCGCGCCCCUCCUGCCCCAGGCCCAGCAGACCUCCGCCUUCUCCGGCCAACAGUCCUACGGUUCCCAGCAGUCCACCCUGCCCCAGAUCUCCCUAUCUAAGACUUCGUCCUUCGGAAGUCAGCAACAGUCUUCCCUGCCCAAAAUCUCCACCUUCUCUCAGCAGUCGUCGUUCUCCCAGCAGUCCUCGCUGCCCCAGGUCUCCUCCUACUCCCAGCAGUCCACCCUGCCCAAGGCCUCGUCCUUUGGCCAGCAGUCCUUCUCCCAGCAGUCCUCGCUGCCCCAAGUCUCCACCUACUCCCAGCAGUCCUCGCUGCCCAAGACCUCGUCCUUCACCCAGCAGUCUUCGUUCGCGCAGCAGUCCUCGCUGCCCCAGGUCUCGUCCUACUCCCAGCAGUCCUCCCUGCCCAAGACCCCUUCCUUCUCUUUCGGAGCCCAGCAGUCCAGCCUGCCCCAGGUCUCCUCCUUCUCCUCCCAGCCGGCCUCGGCCUCCUUCAGCGCCGGCACCACGUCCUCCUUCGGCAGCCAGCAGCAGGCCUCCUCCUCGUCGGCCGGCCUCCGCCAGGGCGGCUUCUCCUCCUUCUCUGCGCAGCAGCAGCAGCAGCCCAUCGCCAUCCUCCGUUCCGUCAACAUCAACAACGGCGACGGCAGCUACAGCUACAGCUACCAGACUGAGAACGGCAUCGAGGCCCAGGAGCAGGGCGAGUUCCGCCAGGACGCGCGCCAGGGUGCCGAGGGCGGCGUGACCAACGUGCAGGGCGGCUUCGCCUUCACGGCCCCGGACAACAACCAGCGCUACACCCUCACCUACACGGCCGAUGAGAACGGCUUCCACGCCUACGGCGAGCACCUGCCCACCCCGCCGCCCAUCCCCGAGGCCAUCCUCCGCUCCAUCGAGCUCAACGCCCGCGAGGAGGCCGCCCAACAGCAGCAGCAGCAGGAGCAGGGCUACCGCUACCAGCAGCCCCAGGCCCAGGCCCAGCCCCAGGUGGUAGACCAGCGCCAGAGCUACCAGCCAUUCCAGGCCAGCCAGCAGCAGAGCUACCAGCAGCAGGGCAGCCAAAGGCAGGGCGCCAGCAACUACCAGCAGGCCUCCAGCUCCCAGCAGCAGGCACCGGCCAGCAACGGCGGCUACCGCUACUAGUGGCGGCCCGGCCCGCGGCGAGUGACUGAACACACGAGUACCUGCGGUACGUGACUGAAAUAAAUACCGAUACCGACCAA